CAUUUUUAAGAAAAGCAUGGCAUUUUGCUUUAGUUUCAUUUAUUACUGCUUUAACAGCUGCCACUUCAAAUGAUGCUGGUGCAGCUCAAGAUUCUUUAAAUGAAAUUUAUGGUAUCAGUUAUGAUGCUAUGAAUACUGGUGCAGGUGUUCUUUUCCUUUUCAUUGGUUGGUCAUGUAUUUUCUUUGCUCCUGCUUCAUCAUUAUAUGGUAGAAGAAUCACUUAUAUAAUCUGUCUUCUCGCCGGUACUUUAGGAUCUAUUUGGUUUGCAACUGCUAGAAGAACUUCGGAUACAAUUUGGUCACAAGCCUUUGUGGGUAUGUCAGAAGCUUGUGCAGAAGCUCAAGUUCAACAAUCAUUAUCUGAUAUUUUCUUUCAACAUCAAUUAGGUUCAGUUUUGACAGUUUAUAUUUUAGCUACUUCUGUCGGAAGUUUCUUAGGUCCUUUAAUUGCAGGAUUCAUAUCUCAAGCCCAAUCCUUCAGAUGGGUUGGAUGGUGGGGAGCCAUCUUUUGUGGGAUGACUUUAAUUAUUGUUAUUUUUGGAUGUGAAGAAACUGUAUUUGAUAGAUUGAAAUAUAGUCAAGUAUAUGAAUCUGAAGAUGGAAACACUAACAAAGAAAUUGAAACUUCUGAAGUUGAUAUGAAGAAAGUUAAUUCAAAUGAGAUUUUAUCUCUUGAAACAUUAAAGUCAUUAAAUGAAGAUCAAGAAAGUCAAACCAAGGAAGAAGAAAAAUUAAAACCAUUCCAUAAAAGAAUUGCUAUUAUUACUCCAUCACCAUACUUAAUUGGAGUUGGAUUUAAACAAUAUAUUAAACGUUUCCUUGAUAAUUUUAGAGUUUUCACUUUACCUGCUGUUUGGUUAUCUGGAUUAUUAUGGGGUCUUCAAGAUUCAUAUAUGACAUUCUUUUUAACUACUGAAGAUACUUAUUUCUCUUCACCUCCAUGGAAUUAUUCAGAAAAUGGUGUAGCUAUUAUGAAUGUUGCUACUUUAAUUGGAGCUGUCGUUGGAUGUUUCAUGUCAGGUAUUUUAUCUGAUAGACAUGUUUUAUGGUUAUCUAGACGUAAUGGAGGAGUAUUUGAACCCGAAAUGAGAUUAUGGUUAUUAUUUGUUACUUUAAUUAUUUCUCCAGUUGGAUUAAUCAUGUUUGGAGUUGGUGCUGCUAGACAAUGGCCAUGGCAAGUGAUCUAUGUUGGUCUUGGUUUUAUUGGAUUUGGUUGGGGUUCAAUUGGUGAUACUGCCAUGUCUUAUUUAAUGGAUGCUUAUCCUUCUAUAGUUAUUCAAGGAAUGGUUGGUGUUUCUAUUAUUAACAAUACUUUAGCAUGUGUAUUCACAUUUGUCUGUUCUUAUUGGUUGGAUGCAAGUGGAACUCAAAACACUUAUAUUGUAUUGGCAGUUAUUGACUUUGUCUCUAUUGGCCUCAUUAUUCCAACUUUGAUCUAUGGUAAAACAUGGAGAAAGAACACCAAGAAGCUUUACAUUAGUAUGGUUGAAUUACUUCAAAAUUAGACC